CUUCAAAGUAAAAAUGGUCACCUGGACCUGUUUGUUCGCUUCCUUCAUGGCCUCUCUCUGGAGUCCAACCAGAGACUCUUAGGAGGCCUGCUGGGUCAGACAGACAACAGUCCAGAAAUCAUCCAGAGAGCCACCAACAACCUGAAGAAGAUGAGCAGUGAUGAUAUCUCUCCUGACAGAAGCAUCAACAUCUUCCACUGUCUGAUGGAGAUGAACGAUGACUCAGUCCAUCAGGAGAUCCAAGAGUUCCUGAAGUCAGGGAACAGAUCAGAGAAGAAACUCUCUGUGUUUCACUGCUCAGCUCUGGCCUACAUGCUGCAGAUGUCAGAGGAGGUUCUGGAUGAGUUGGACCUGAACAAGUACAACACAUCAUGGGAGGGACGACGGAGACUGAUUCCAGCUGUGAGGAACUGCAGAAAGGCUGAACUUUCUAACUGUGAACUCUCAGAGAGUCACUAUGAAGUCGUGGCCUCAGCUCUGAAGUCCAACCCCCAUCUGACAGAGCUGGACCUGAGUCACAGCAAGCUGAAGGAUUCAGGAUUGUUAGAGUAA